AUGAAAAACUCAUACUUGUUGUUGAUUAUGGCCAUUACAUUAGUAUAUGGCUUGGAGGAGUCUCUGACCCUUAUGAGUUUAGAGUAGAUGAAUUCAUUAGACACAUCUUAAUUUGACUGUUCACGUCCAUAGUCUGAAUUCAUAUAGAUGGAGAAUUCCUUGUCUUAAUGGCAAGACUUAAUGGAACAUAAGGAUUAUAUAGAUCAUGAUAUAUAAGUACUUCAAGGCAUCCAGGCAAAAGUUGGCCUCAAAGCAUCACAUAAAUAAGUGAUCAAAUCAUUAAGUCAACUUAAAUUACCAAAAACAUCUACAAAGAUAGGCUUAGCUGAAGUUGAAGCACUUAAACAAUAAUGCGGAUGUCUCAAAAAUUCUGAUGACAAUUGUGAUGCUCUUUUAAAAUUGCUAUCCUAUUUUAUACUUUCCCUUAGAAAUGUUUAAUCCUAAUGCUAAUAACAUCCAAUUACUGUAAUUAAAAUUAAAGGAAAAAUACAUGAUCUUUAAGUCAUUAGAGCUGGAUGUGGAGGUACCAUAGAUAUCAAAGGGGAUGAAGGUUGUGAUACUAAAGAGUAAACAGAAUCAACCACAAAACCAACAGAUGUUCCUGCUACCGAUCCAAUCGUAUAACCUACUACAGAUCCAGUACCAGAUGAUCAAAAGGAUUCAGAAGAACCUGUAGAAGAAACCAUAACAGAAGAAACAGUUGAUACUACAGAAGAAGAAUAGGAAGAUCAAUAACCCCCUGUGGCUACAGAAGAAACAACUUAACCAGAAGAAGGAGAAGUUGAAGCUGAUGAAAAAUAACCAGAAGAAGGAUCUCCUGAUGCUGAAGAAACUGAACCAGCUGUUGCAGAAGAAUAAGAAGGAUCACCUGAAGAAACAGAAGCUGAAGAGGGAGUUGAUGCUCCAGUUGUAGAAGAGGAGGCAGAUGUUUAACCUGAAGAAGAAGGAACAGACGAAUAGACACAACCUGCUGAAGAAGGAGAAAGUACACAAGAAGAAGUAAAUUAACCUGAAGAAAUUACAGAACCAGAAGAAGAAAUUGAAAUUUAAGUACCAGAGGAAGGAUCUGAAGAAAAUGUUCCAGAAAGUGCAGAAGAAGGAUAGGCUGCCAAUGAAGAAGAAGGAUAACCAGAAAGUACUGAAGAAGGAUAAGCUGAAACAGCUGAAGAAGGAUAAGCUGAGAGUGCAGAAGAAGGAUAAGAUGAAAGUGCUGAAGAAGGAUAGGUUGAAACAGCUGAAGAGGGUGUUGCUGAAGAAGAUGAAGAAGGUGUAGUUGAAGCACCUGAAGAAACAGUCACUUCUGCUGAAGAAGAGGAGUUAUAAAUAGAUGAACCAGCUGAAGAGGUUGAUAUAGAAGUACCUGCAGAAGAAGAGGCUUGUGAAGAAGAAGAAUUGGACUAAGAAGAGGAAUCAUUUGAUGAAGAGGUUGCUGAAGAGGUUAGUGAAGAGGGUUCUGAAUAAGAAGGUGGUUAAGUAGCAGAAGAAUAAGAAGAAGAAUAAUCUGGUGGUGAAUAAGAAGGAGAAGAGUAAUCACAAUAACCAGAUGCUGAAGAGACUGAAAGUUCAGUUGGAGAACCUUUGGAAUUUGAAGAAGAAUAAAAUGAUGAAGUUCCUGCAUAAGAAGAAACUACUGCAGAUGAAGAAACUCCUGCAGAUGAAGAAACUACAGCAUUUGAAGAAACAACUGAUGAGGAAGAAGGCAGUGUUGGUGAUGAACCUGUUCCAGAUGAUUAAUAAGAUGAAGAGUAGGAAGUUUUACCAGAAGGAUGUAGAUAAGUUCCUGAGGAUGUUUUAGAUAUCAGCUGGUUGAGUACAGAACCUAUUGCAGUAAGUGAUUUACCAGUUACAGAAAGUUAAAUAAUUGGAUUAUCAUUCUAUUUCAGAUGGUUAUCAAAAUUCCCAGAGGCUGUUCCUGAAGGUUUGAAUUAGGAAACUAAGUUCUUUGUUGCUGGUUUAGGAAAUGCAUUGAAAUUCUAUGUAGGAUAAGGAGGAUUCCAUUUCAGUUCAUUUGAUGAGAAUGGUUAAGAAACAUACAAGAAUGCUGGUCAUGGUGAUAUUGAAGGACAAUGGGUGCUAAUAUACUUUGGAAUCUCUAACUAAAAAGUUACAGGAUUUGCCUAAAUUUAAGGAUAAGAUGUUGAGACCAUCGAAUUUGAUGUAAAUUUGACAUUAGAUGAAUCUUAUCAAUUAGUUAUUGGUGGACCAGAUGGUGAUGUUAAAUCAUUUAAUGGUUAGAUUGCUAGAGUAUUUGCAUUCAAUGAUGAAUUGUACACAGAAACUAGUGAAUUCACUUAAUUCAUUACAAAUUGUUAUGGAAUUCCUAAAAAUAUUUAUAGUGGUAAGAGAUUAACCAUUCCAAUCGAGAAGGAGAGAACAUUUGUAUCUCCAGCUGCCUUUGAUUAUGAUAGCAUUUUCGAAAAUUAGAAGCCUAUGUUACCAGAUGAAUAUUCUGCCAGUGGUUGGUUUAAAUGGGAAGCUCCAAAUGACUAAAAUAUAUGGCACUCAGGAUUUAGAUGGACUACCAAUAAUUAAGAGACAAAUCAAAACUUUAGACUUCUAGGAGAUAGAGGACUUUCUUUCUUUGUUGGUGAUGAGGAAAACUUAUAAGGACAUGUUGCUUUUUGUACAUAUUCUUAUAAGACUUCAAAUGGGUAUUUAAUUUAAUUAUGUUAGUAAAUCAAAAGUUAAUGAUUGUAAAAUGGUUAAAUAUGGAAAUAAAUUGACAGAAUGGUUCUAUGUUUACUUCGGAUACAGUAGACAUUUGAAUAAGGCUUAUGGAUAUAUGGAAUUUACACAUGAGAUGGCUUAAAUGGAAUUCAAGGAUGUUAGACAUUAUUAUGCUAGCAAAAUCUAUUUCUAUCUGGGAUAAGAUAAGUUCUAUCCACCUUUCAAUGGCAAGGUACAAGGAUUCAUGUUGAAUUUCUUUGAUGGAUCAUAUAGAACAUCCAGUUAUGAUUACAGUAUUAUUUAAUUUAAAAUUUAAAAUAGCUUUCGGAUAUUUCCCAAGACCAGUCUAUGAAUAUGAUGAUUCUAAAGAAUUGAUACCAUCUGAACCAGUAUAAAAGAAGAAGUAAUUAUUUUUAUAAAUUGUAGAUGUCCAAAAGUUGUUGAAAUCACUGUUGAUAACGCAUCUGAUGUUUUAUGUGCCUUGAGUAGUUAUUUGUCUGCUGUUGCAUAAGGACAUGAUCCUGCUUCAGAUCCUAAGGCUGAGACCUUCUGUUUCUGUUUGGUCUAUGAGGAAGGUAUUUAUUCUAUAUUUCAAUUUAGAAAAUGCAUCUCCUGAUUUGUUGAUGUUGGCAUAAAUUUUUGGUGGAAGGAUCAAAUAAAAAUCCUCUAAUGUUAAUUCCUCAAUCAAGAAAUUGAUAAACAAAUAGAAUGCACUAUUAAAGUGAUU